CGGAAUAAACCAGACAAAACCGAAGCAGGUAUACAAAACAUAAUAAACUCUCUUCAAAUUUAGCGGCCGUUUCUUAAACCCAAAACCCUGGUUCUUCCUUAAACACAGAGCCACCAAAAAUGAGGAAGAAGGUCGACGAACGCAUCCGAACCCUUAUCGAAAAUGGCGUCAAAACCAGGCACCGUUCUUUGUUCGUCAUCAUCGGUGACAAAUCUCGCGACCAAAUUGUUAAUCUUCAUUAUAUGCUUAGUAAAGCUGUUGUUAAGGCUAGGCCUACUGUGCUCUGGUGUUAUAGAGACAAGCUAGAACUUAGCAGCCACAAGAAAAAACGUGCAAAGCAGGUGAAGAAAUUAAUGCAGAGAGGACUUUUAGAUCCUGAGAAGGUUGAUCCUUUUUCUCUUUUUAUCGAAAGUGGAGGGAUAACAUACUGCUUAUACAAAGAUUCGGAAAGAGUGCUUGGUAAUACCUUUGGCAUGUGCAUACUACAGGAUUUUGAAGCAUUGACGCCAAACCUUCUGGCAAGAACUAUAGAAACUGUGGAGGGUGGAGGACUGAUUGUUUUGCUCUUGCGCUCUCUGUCUUCAUUAACAAGUCUGUGCACCAUGGUUAUGGAUGUUCAUGAGAGAUUUCGCACAGAAUCCCAUUCUGAUGCCACAGGGCGCUUCAAUGAACGAUUUUUAUUAUCAAUUGCUUCCUGCAAAUCAUGUGUAGUUAUGGAUGAUGAGUUGAAUAUAUUACCUAUUUCAACUCAUAUAAGGUCAAUCACUCCUGUUCCUGUUAGAGAGGACUCUGACGGUCUUUCAGAUGCUGAACGUGAUUUAAAGAAUUUGAAAGAGGAACUCAAUGAGGAUUUUCCUGUUGGUCCUUUGAUUAAAAAGUGUUGCACCCUUGAUCAGGGAAAAGCAGUCAUUACAUUUCUUGAUGCCAUCUUGGAUAAGACUCUCCGUAGUACUAUUGCUCUACUUGCUGCUCGUGGUCGUGGUAAAUCGGCAGCACUUGGUUUGGCAGUUGGUGGAGCUGUUGCUGCUGGGUAUUCUAAUAUCUAUGUAACAGCACCAAGUCCUGAAAAUUUGAAGACCUUGUUUGAUUUUAUCUGCAAGGGAUUUGAUUCAUUGGAGUACAAGGAACAUAUGGACUAUGACGUGGUCAAAAGCUCUAAUCCGGAUUUUAAGAAGGCAAUUGUGCGGAUUAAUAUCUACAAACAACAUAGGCAAACAAUCCAGUAUAUACAACCCCAUGAACAUGAAAAGCUAUCUCAAGUUGAGCUUUUGGUAAUUGAUGAAGCAGCAGCUGUUCCUUUAUCUGUUGUGAAAUCUCUUUUAGGGCCUUAUCUUGUCUUCAUAUCGUCUACGGUUAAUGGUUAUGAAGGUACUGGACGAUCAUUAUCACUGAAGCUUCUGCAGCAACUAGAGGAGCAGAGUCAGAUGUCUAAGAAUUUGGAUAGUUCUCUUACCGGCCGAAUUUUCAAGAAGAUAGAAUUAAGUGAAUCUAUCAGAUAUGCCUCUGGUGACCCCAUUGAGUUCUGGCUUAAUGAGUUACUGUGUUUGGAUGUUGCAAAUUACAUACCAAAUAUCAACAGGUUGCCUCCUCCCAGUGAAUGUGAUCUUUAUUAUGUUAAUCGUGACACACUUUUUUCCUAUCACAAAGACAGUGAAUUAUUUCUACAGAGAAUGAUGGCUCUAUAUGUUGCAUCUCACUACAAAAAUUCCCCAAAUGACCUUCAACUUAUGGCCGAUGCUCCAGCACAUCACCUUUUUGUGCUGCUCGGCCCUGUUGAUGAGUCAAAGAAUCAUCUUCCUGAUAUUUUGUGUGUAAUUCAGGUCUGUCUAGAAGGACAAAUCUCUCUAAAAUCUGCUCUGAGGAGCUUAAGUGAUGGUCGUUCUCCUCAUGGAGACCAAAUACCAUGGAAGUUUUGUGAGCAAUUUCGAGAGACAGUUUUCCCUAGUCUCUCAGGUGCACGCAUUGUGCGGAUAGCCACUCAUCCUAGUGCCAUGCGGCUUGGGUAUGGUUCAGUUGCUGUGGAGCUCUUGGCAAGGUACUUUGAAGGACAGUUGACUUCCACAUCUGAAGCAGAUGAUGAUGAUGAUGAUGAUGAGGAUAUUAAUGAGCCACCUGUUAGUAUUGUUCAAGCAGCAGAAAAGGUGUCUUUGCUUGAAGAAAAUAUUAAGCCCAGAACAAACCUUCCUCCACUACUUAUGCAUCUUCGUGAAAGACGUCCUGAGAAACUGCAUUACAUUGGUGUAUCCUUUGGCCUUACACUUGACCUCUUUCGAUUUUGGAGGAAACACAAAUUUGUUCCAUUUUAUAUUGGCCAGAUUCCGAAUGCUGUGACUGGAGAACAUACUUGCAUGGUCUUAAAGCCAUUACAUAAUGAUGAUAUUGAAGUUGAUGCAUCUGAUCAAUUGGGAUUCUUGGCUCCGUUUUAUCGAGAUUUCAAGCAAAGGUUUAGUAGAUUACUCUGUUCCAAUGAAUUUCGCUCCAUGGAGUACAAGCUUGCAAUGAGUGUAUUGGACCCAAAAAUCAACUUUGCAGAGUCAGAAUCAUCAGGGUUGAACAUGGAUGGGUUUUUGAAGACUAUAGAGGAGUAUAUAUCACCUCAUGACAUGAAGAGAUUGCAAGCUUACGUAGACAAUCUUGCUGAUUACCGUCUGAUCCUAGACCUUGUUCCUGUCCUUUCACAUUUAUACUUUCAAGAGAGGGUACCUGUUACAUUGUCAUAUGCCCAGGCAUCAGUUUUGCUCUGUAUUGGCUUGCAGAAUCAAGACGUAUCAUACAUCGAGGGUCAGAUGAAACUUGAAAGGCAGCAAAUAUUGUCAUUGUUUAUAAAAGGGAUGAAGAAGUUCCACAAAUACUUGUAUGGUAUUGCUACCAAAGACGUUGAAUCAGCCCUUCCCCGUCUAAAAGAAAUUGUGAUGGAACCUCACAAAAUAACUUUAGAGGAGGAUCUAGACAAUGCGUCAAAGAAAGUGAAGAGUGACAUGAAGGCCAAGGCUGAAGGCUUGUUGGAUCCUGAGUUGCUUCAACAAUUUGCCGUAGAGGCUGACUUUGAGAAAACCCUUGGUGGAAAGAUAUCCUCAAGUGGCUUAGUCAGUGUUAAAUCCAACAAAAGUAAGCCAGAGAAGAAGAGCAGGGUUAGCGACAGUAAGAAUGAAAAGAAAAGGAGUAAAGAUGAGCGUGGCAACAAAUCUAACAAAAAGAGAAAAUCAUAAGUGGGGAUCCUAGAGGAGAAGACUUACAAGAGAGAAUCAUAAGCGGAAGUCCAAGGGGAGAAUGUAUACAAAGAGAACAAUCAUCAUUAACAUCAAGAGUUACAUGAUUCUCCAGGGCUGUAGAAUGACAUGCAUUUCAAUUGCAGGAUGCUUCAUUUAGCUUGAUUAGGAGAGCAGAGAAAUGCCCCCUCGAGUGUAGUGGUUGAAUCACUCGGAAAUGUCAUUCAAUUGCUUCCAUCCUUGAUUUACCAUCAAGGGAUGCACAAUUUUGUCUCAUGUGGUUAGUACUUGACUACUCACCCCAAAUGUUAGGUGCACGUAGUUUGUUUUAGAAAAAAGAGAGUUUUAUUAUUCCUUGUAAGCUUUUCUUGCACACGUCUGUAUUGUAGGUAAUACUUACAUUGAUUUUUGGUAUUUGUCCUUAAUUUCCUGUUUUCUUUUGCUUGUUUUUACACUCUGAUAUUUAAAAAAACAAAGUCUGCUAAUAGUUUACUCGUGA